AGAGAAGACUUGGCUUAAUAUUACAUUAGCCUAUCCAAAGCUCUCACUGCACGUUUUCUGUGGCAUGUGUUUAAAACCUACAGCAGGCCUAUAACUAGCAUAUAUCUCAAACCGAGUUUAUAAGCCAAGGAAUUUGUUGACGGGGAUUUAUCAUCUUAAUAGCCAUCCCCCUGGAAAGCGCUGGUGUGCUGUCAUUGCGUAAACGCAUCCCCCACCUCCCUCGAAAGUGCUACUUCUGGAGGACUAGAGCGGACAUCACUGGACGUCUCACCUCCCUAACACAGUCUGUCUCCUACAUAUGUUUGACUCUCCACCUCUAUCCAGCCGACAGUGAGUCAUCCCCGGUAUAGCCAGUCGACCCGCCACUCCCGGUGGGUUCUUGUGCGGAGGAUGGAGACAAACCCCAUUCCCGUGGUAACGGUCCAGACGAGCCCGUUUGAUGACCAGCGGCCCGGUACUAACGGGCUGCGGCGGAAGACGGCUGUGUUCGAGGGCAAGAAGAACUACCUGCAGAACUACAUCCAAAGUGUACUGUCGUCCAUCGACCUGAGGGACCGCCAGGGAUGCACGAUGGUGGUGGGCAGCGACGGACGCUACUUCAGCCGAGCAGCCACGGAGAUUAUAGUUCAGAUGGCCGCUGCCAACGGGAUUGGUCGGCUGGUGAUUGGACACAACGGCCUCCUCUCCACCCCUGCUGUGUCCUGCAUCAUCAGGAAAAUCAAGGCUAUUGGUGGAAUCAUCCUGACAGCCAGUCACAAUCCAGGAGGCCCCGGGGGAGACUUUGGGGUCAAAUUCAACGUGGCCAAUGGAGGCCCGUCUCCAGACACGGUGAUGGAGAAGAUUGCCCAGGUGAGUAGGACGCUGGAGGAGUAUGCCAUAUGUCCUGACCUCCGCAUUGACCUGGCCAGGCUGGGACGCCACGACUUUGACCUGGAGAACAAGUUCAAACCCUUCAGAGUUGAGAUAGUGGACUCGGUGGAGUUGUACCUCAACCUGCUGAGAACCAUCUUUGACUUCAACGCCAUCAAGAGCCUUCUGACAGGACCUGAACAGCUGAAGAUACGCAUAGACGCCAUGAACGGAGUGAUGGGUCUGUACGUGCGCCGUAUCAUGUGUGAUGAGCUGGGGGCUCCUGCCAAUGCGGCUGUCAACUGUGUCCCCAUGGAGGACUUUGGGGGCCGGCCUCCAGAGCCCAACCUCACAUACGCAGCCCCAUUGGUUGAUGCCAUGAAGGGCGGAGACAUUGGUUUCGGAGCUGCGUUCGAUGCAGACGGGGACCGGUAUAUGAUCCUGGGUGAGAAUGGUUUCUUUGUGAACCCUUCAGACUCCUUGGCUGUUAUGGCUGCCAACCUCUCCUGUAUCCCCUACUUCAGACAGCUGGGACUAAAGGGCUUCGCUAGGAGUAUGGCUACCAGCACUGCCUUAGACAGUGUGGCCAAGGCCUUGAAGGUGGCUCUGUAUGAGACUCCUACAGGCUGGAGGUUCUUUGGGAACCUGAUGGACUCCGGGAGGUGCUCGCUCUGCGGAGAGGAGAGCUUCGGGACAAGUUCAGACCACAUCCGUGAGAAGGACGGUCUGUGGUCGGUGCUGGUGUGGCUGUCCAUGAUGGCUGCCAGGAAACAGGGCGUGGAUGAGAUCGUCAAGGAUCACUGGGCCAAGCUCGGACGCAACUACUUCUGCAGGUUUGACUAUGAGGGCGUGGACCCCAGAGCAGCCUUCUAUCUGAUGAGGGACUUGGAGGGGGUGAUCACAGACAAAGCCUUCCCAAGCCAGAAGUUUGCUGUGGGGAACACCGUCUACAGCGUGGAGCGAGCUGAUAACUUUGAGUACGUCGACCCUGUGGACGGAACCGUGGUCCGCAACCAGGGUCUGCGGAUCAUCUUCACUGAUGCAUCCCGUCUGGUCUUCCGUCUGAGUGGAAGUGGGGGAGGGGCCGGGGCCACAGUCCGGAUCUAUGCAGAGAGCUUAGAGAGAGACCCCGAGAGACAAAACAGAGAAACUCAGGCGGUGCUGGGUCCCCUCAUUGCCAUCGCCCUGAAGAUCUCUGACAUCCACGAGAGGACAGGACGCCGCAGCCCCACCGUCAUCACCUGAGCUCUGCUCCACCGCACACACACACACACACCUGAGUGCUCCCCCCCACAAAACACACACGCAUCUCUGAGGCCACCACGUCCUGCUUGUUGUCACACCUGGGGCCAAUAGCAAGCAAGCGCUAUUCACUCUCUAUUUAUAUCAAAAUUUUAAAUAUGAUUUGGUCUGCAAAGAAAAGAAGCAAGCUGUGUAUUUUAGCAGUUGAAAAGACACCAAUUGUUAAUAUCAUGCCUCUGUUUUGAAAGUUUUGUGUUCUGGAUGUGUGAAAUUACAGCCACAAAGCCUGUGUCUUUAUCUAUGUGUGUGUGUGUUUGUUUGCCUUAUCAUUCAUUAUAAAGGCGACUGACGGAAUUAAAGGCAGAAGUCCAGUUGUUUAUACAACAUGUUUUCUUACGAUAUAUUUUUUAACAUAGUAUAAUUUUAAGCAGCGUUUCACCUUUCAGGAAGUUUCUGCCACAUGCAUGCAUGCGUGCACACACACACACACACACACACACACAUUCUUCCAAUGUAUGUUUGUCUUUUGCCACGAGUAAAUCGCACAUACAGAAAAAUGAUAUAUUGGAAUAUAUUUCAAUAAAAUAUAAAUAUAUUUAAAUAUAUGUGGGAAAUGUAUUUAUCAAAUACAUAAAUAAAUAAAAUAUAUGUACAUGUAUAUUUGUAAAAUACACACUCACCUCACAACCUUCUCCGUCCUUAGCACUAGGUUCCCAGAGUGGUGUUUUGCAAUGCUAAGUUGGAUCAACUGGAGUUGCAGUUGAAAAUAAAUUCUACAGCAAUUGAGGUAUAGCCUACCUGCCACUUAUGAAACAUAGUAAAAAAUAAAUGAGGUGUUAUUUCGGAAACUUAAAACACUUGAAAGUAAUUUUUUUAAUACAUUAAAAUAUGUUUCCCGAGCUGUCAAUUACAAUUUGAAACGUUCCCGAUCCCCAUCCACCUCCAAUUGAAGGAGCAGACUUUACAAUUUUGAAUUUUUGAAGAAGGAGAAGAGCUGUUGUCACCGCCAAAAAGCUUUUGCUCAUUUUAUUAUCCAUUCAUAACAUUUAAUUAAAAUAUGUUUUUAACCUGAUGGGUGACGAAAGAAGAGUUUUCAACGAACUUGCUAACUAACACAGCUAGCUACCUACCUAGCUAGCUCCUUCUUUAGCUUGCCACGAACAUGCAGUGUGACUGGUAAGAAUUGUUUUGAAAAUUAAAGUUCAGUAGAGUUAAUGUCAUGUAUUAGAUAUCAUUUCAUUGCCAAAACUAUUGUUAAAAUGUUCUUGGCUAGCCAAGCAACGUGUUGCUUGCUAGCUAGCUAACUUAGCUAGGUUUAGUGAGGGGGAUAUUUCUGAUAGAACUGGCUAGCUGGAUUAUUUAUAGCAACAACAAAAAAUAUAUUUGUACCUCCUGCAGUGGAUCCUUCUGGUCUGGAGCACAGUUGCCUAUGGAUAGACCCCAUCCAAUGUAAGUCGUCUUUUGUAUCAUUUAGUUAGCUAGUUCCCAAUUCAAUAAAAAUGUGUUCACAAACAUUAACCCCUUGUUUAUUUUUUAUCUUGUGUGGAAUUGUUUCACUGACUCCAUUAUCCACAAGGUAACUGUCAACUUGUCAGUCAGCAAUGAACACUGGAGGUGAGGGAAUCUACAUUAUAAGUAUCAAUUUGAUGCUAAUGAACAUAAACCCCUAAUUCUUCAUCUUGUGUCCAAUGUUUUCACUGACUCUUGUCUUUGCGUUAUUCACAGGGUAACUGUUAACAUGUGACUCUGAAAAUGGACAUUAUAGGUGAAGGAAUCUACAUUGGAAAACUGAUUGAAUGAAUGUUGUUUCCAUGUCAUUUAACAAAAAAUGUAAUGUGAUGAUGUUGAAUAAAAUGUGGAAAACUGAUUGGAUUUGCAAAAAGUCAUCAAUGUAGGGUAAUUUCAAGUUUUAACCUAAAUGUUGAAUUUUUGUUGAUUUCACGGUGAAUUAACAUUAGUUGACAAUGACUCAGCCAAAUGUAAAAUCAAAACUAGAUGUGGAAAUUAUGUCUGUACCCAGUGGGAAUUUGAGAGCAAAAAAAUAAAUAUAUAUACUGUCACACCCUCA